AUGGAUGGAGGCGAUGUAAAGAAGAGGAAACUGGUGUUCGUGACCUACAAUGUGUGGUUCGGCACUCGUAGAGAGACAAAGGAAGAGCUGCGACCCCGGUUCACGGCCCUCUUCAAAAUCGUGGAGAGCAAGGACGCCGACGUCGUGUGUUUCCAGGAGAUGACGACCAACAUCAUCGCUCUCCUCAUGGAGCAGGAGUGGAUUCGACAGCGAUAUUGGAUAACCGAUACCGAUGAGGCUCGCACCUUCCUCGGCUAUGGAGUCCUUAUGCUUUCCAAACUUCCCUACAAACACCUCAGGCUCCAGGAGCUCCCAACGCAGCUGGGCCGCAAGGUGCUGGUGGCAGAGUUUAGCCUCAACGGCCAGAGCUUUGCCGUUGCCACUUCGCACCUCGAGAGCUACACAAAGGAUGCUCCCAUCAGAGCGAAGCAGCUGCGCGUCAUUCGGCACAUUCUGCACGAUCAGCACUACAACAACGCAGUCAUCAUGGGCGAUUUCAACUUUGCCAGCGCUGCGGAGAGGCUUGGGAGCCUGGGGUCCACAAUGAAAGACUACAGGGACCAAUGGCUGGAGCUGAAGGGACCCGAGGUCGCCGGUUAUACCUACGACGCGCACAAAAACCUGAUGCUCAAGAAGAUCAAGCGGGCCAAGAAAGAGAGGGUUCGAAUCGAUUUGAUCCUGUCCCGGUCGAAGAACUGGCGACCAGCCGAGGUGCUUCUACUGGGCACCCGUCCCAUCGAACACGUCUACAACGGAACCGAGGCCACCUACGACGAGAGAGACGACUCGUCGAGUUCGGACGACAGCGACUCGGGCACGGAUAGCGAGUCCGACAGCGAAGACAGUGACGACGAGGGCAAGGUGGUCUACCCAUCCGACCACUUCGGGCUCUACGGCGUCCUCGAGUUUGCGGACUAG